UGGUGCGCAGGAGAAGACUGGUGAGAAUGGAUGCCAAGGAGGAGGUAUUCAUCUUCCUGAAAAAUAAACGAAAUAUACCGGAUAGUGUAAUCAACAAACUUAAAGAUGAUAAGAUCGACAUUAACGUCAUAAACGUUAUGACUGAUGACGAGUUAAAGCAGUAUAUUGAGAGAUAUGGGGACCGACUCGCACUAAGAGCAUUUUGUAGGCAAGGAACUGUGACAAGCGAAAGUGGAGUGAAACCCAGUCUCAUGCAGAGAGUAAGAGACAGACUAAGGGAACGGGAACAACUGAAAACAUCAGCCGACAAUGGCACGGCAGCAGGCCCAAGCCGUAGAGUUGGCAACAGCUAUGCAACCAAAGACAACCGGCGGAUUGAAAUGGGAUGGCUCCACUACGACAAAGUGGAUUUUCAUCAGGUCAGAACAAGACAUGGAGGUGGAACACGGCACCUGACUGUUCAGAAAACCGUUACUAUGGAGGAGCUACUGGAGAUUGGCAAAGGCUUGUUCUUUCCAAAUGGACAAUCUUCGAAAGGACUGGUUGAAGACCAUCAAUUUGAUAUCUGGGAUUUCAGUCACAACCCUGUACCCCUUGAGAACACGGUGAGCCAGCUAUACGACCAGACUAAACUACGAAAUGCUACGCAUCUAUACCUGCUCCCGGGAAAAGGAUAAACUUGACCCUGAGGACGUCUCAAUACUUCUUUCUGAUACAUCUUCGGACUUCGAGCCUACAAAGGACAGUCC